AUGAGCCAUCCAGCCCCAAUUGCCAUCAUUGGAGUCGGCUGUAGGCUCCCAGGCGGAGCAAACAACUUAGAUAGUCUAUGGAAACUCUUAUCUGAGAGCCGAAAUGGACAGACAGAGAUCCCCAAGGAUCGAUGGAAUGCGGAUGCGUGGUUCGACGCUUACCCAGAUGCAAAGCAGUCAAUGGUGACCAAGCAUGGGUACUUCCUACAAGAUGACAUCUCUCAGUUUGAUGCCAAAUUCUUCGGAAUCUCUAGUGGGGAGGCAAAUUCUAUGGACCCUCAGCAGCGCCUAUUUCUCAUGACAACCUAUGAGGCCCUUGAAGAUGCUGGUAUACCAGUUGAAACACUGCGUGGCUCGAACACUGGUGUGUAUGCCAGCAUAUUCGAGAGGAGUUAUGACCGGAUGGGGCAUAAAGAUCUAUCCACAAUUGGAAGAACACACCUCAACGGAACGGGAGAGUCCAUUCUCUCGAACCGGGUAUCGUACUGCUUCGACCUCCGGGGUCCCUGUAUGACGAUCGAUACCGGAUGCUCUGGCAGUCUUGUUGGCUUGCAUCAAGCAUGUCAGAGCCUUCGAUUAGGCGAGUCGGAGCUCGCCUUGGUGGGUGGCUCUCAGCUCGUUAUUCAACCAGACCUUCUAAGCAUAAUGAGUGGUAUGGGAAUGCUCAACCCAGAUGGAAAGUCGUAUGCAUUUGACUCGAGAGGCGCUGGGUAUGGCCGCGGCGAAGGCGUCGCCACUAUCGUCCUCAAACGAUUGGAUGAUGCACUCAAAGACGGUGACCGAAUACACGCCAUCAUUGCCAAUUCAGGUAUGAACCAAGACGGCAAAACUCCCGGCCUCAAUACGCCAAGUGGCGAAGCACAAGCAGCACUCUCCCGACGUGUGUACCAAGAGGCUGGGCUAAAUCCAGCCGAUACUUCAUUCGUUGAGGCUCAUGGCACUGGAACACAGGCUGGCGACCGCGAGGAAAUAGGAUCUAUAUCCAAGGUCUUUUGCGAAGAGCCUGGUAGAGAAGAUGACCUAUAUGUUGGGUCUGUCAAAACGAACAUCGGUCACCUGGAGGCCGCGUCUGGUAUUGCCGGCCUAUUGAAAUCUAUACUCAUCCUCAAACACGGCCAAAUUCCCGCCACCCUCAACUUUAUCAAGCCAAAAACUUCGCUGAAGCUAUAUGAGAAGAAGAUAAAGAUCCCUAGUGAGCUUACAGAGCUGCCAACAUCGCAAGACGGUCCUGCUCGUGUGUCACUCAACUCCUUUGGAUAUGGAGGAACCAACUGUCACGUUAUCCUUCAGGCUCCAGAUUCAAAAAACUUCAAUGGGGUUGCUAAUGGCACAUCCAACGGAAUAACUAAUGGUGCUAAAACCGACGACGCUACUCCAAAGUUGUUCGUUCUUAGCGCAUCAACCGAAAAGGCAUUAUCGUCGACCUCGGAGAACAUCAAGAAGUGGGCAGACAGUCAUGAGCUAGAUUCGCAUACCCUGCGCAAUCUCUCGUAUACUUUGGGUGUCCACAGAUCUACUCUUGCAUUCCGCCGAGCUAUCGUCGCAUCCACAUCUGCGGAGCUUUUGGAGGAACUAGACCAAACAGUCUUACUAAAGAGAACGACUACCCAUGCUCCACUUACCUUUGUUUUCUCUGGACAAGGUGCUCAAUGGUAUGCUAUGGGUCGUGAGCUUAUCAGCUCGUCACGAUGUUUCCGGCAGUCGAUGGCGGCUAUGGAUCACACGAUACGAGAGCAAGGCAGCACUUGGAGUCUCAUUGAAGAGCUUUCCAGAGAGGAGAACCAGUCACGGAUCUCCGAGGCUGAGAUCUCCCAACCUGCAACAACAGCUAUCCAGAUUGCGCUUGUGGACUUGCUGGAGAGCAUCUCAAUAAGGCCUAGCCGGGUUGUUGGACACAGCUCUGGUGAGGUUGCCGCUGCCUAUGCUGCUGGUGCAUUAAGCAGAGAGAAUGCCAUUAUUGUUGCGUACUACCGUGGUGUUGCUUCCCUGAAAGCCAAGGCAGUAGCGGAGGUGCCUGGUUCCAUGAUGGCCGUCGCCCUUGGAGAGACAGAAGCACAGCAAUACAUUGACAAGAUCAUAACUGGAACUGUCAGUGUCGCUUGUGUAAACAGUCCGGCAAGCAGUACAAUCUCGGGAGACUUGACCGCCAUCGAAGAGCUCAAGUCAUUACUUGACGCUGAGGGAAUCUUUGCACGUGCCCUCAAGGUCGAUACAGCAUAUCACUCACAUCACAUGCGACGAGUCGCUCAGGAAUAUCAGGAAUCAAUGAGUACUAUUGAGUCUUCUGAAGUACGCAGUGGUGUCACAUUAUACUCAAGCGUUACGGGAGCAAUAAAGUCUACAGACUUUGGCGCCGAGUACUGGACAGCAAACCUGAUCUCUCAAGUCAAGUUCAGUCAGGCUUUGGCUUUGUUGAAGGAUGAUCAAGCGAGAAACGAAGCGGGCAUGGACACUAGCGUCUUCAUUGAAGUUGGCCCUCAUUCAGCUUUGGCAGGCCCGGCUCGUCAAACACUGGCGCAAGGAGGAAGCGAAAAGUUCAAGUUCGAAUAUCUGUCUGCCCUCGUACGCCACAAAAACGCUGUGCAGACGGUUCUAUCGCUCGCCGGGAAGACUUUCGAGCUCGGCCUCAAGGUAAAUCUUGGAGCCGUGCUCAGGAUGACUGAUGAAGCAGAGUCUGAGGUCAUUAGGGAUUUGGAAAAGUACCCUUGGGAUCUAGCUCCGUUCUGGCACGAAUCUCGGCUGAGCAAAUCCCAUCGCUUUCGAAAGUUCCCACCGCACGAUUUACUCGGCCUGUUGGAUCCAGCGAGCACUAUUCACGAGCCUCGCUGGAGAUAUCAUAUCAAUUUGGAUGACUUACCAUGGCUCCGUGACCAUGUAGUCGAGGGCUUCACCCUGUACCCUGGUGCGGGCUACUUGACUAUGGCUAUUGAGGCGAUGAAGCAGCUCGUGCAGCUAAGGGAUGUUCAGUGGUCUAUCUCAAGGUUCGUGCUUCGCGAAGUGGCCAUUUCGAAAUCCAUUGUUCUAAAUGAAUCGGAUAAUGAGGGAAGUUCUGGCGAAGUCGAAGUGCAACUGACAAUGUCCAAUUCUCGUCAAUAUGAAGGCAGUCGCUGGGAGAUUUUCCGGAUCUGGUCAUAUGACAAUGCCAACGAAUCAUGGACCGAGCACUGCUCCGGUGAAAUUACGGUCGAAUACGAAGACACUGAGGAUGACGAGGUGAUUGGCGCUAGAGAAACGGAUUUGCGGAAAGAAGAAUCGAUGCAACUUCUGAACGGCGCCCGACAGAGUUGCGAUCUGGAUAUGACCAAGACUGAGUUCUAUGAGUUUGCUAAACUUACCGGUAACCAAUGGGAUGGCGCAUUCAGUCCGAUCGAUUCACUCAAGUAUGGCAACAAACAAGGUCUUCUCGACAUAAUUAUCCCAGACGUGGCGUCCCUGAUGCCAUAUCGUUCUUUCAAACCUCACGUUAUCCACCCAAUCACUCUGGACGCAGUUCAUCAACUCAGUGGAAUACUGUUCAAGAAAUUUGUGUCCAAUGCUCCCUGUGUGCCCACCAAGAUUACACUGCUGGAGGUCGAUGCCAAGAUUUCUGCACGGGCAGGCGAUAGUCUUACUGCCGCUAUGCAGAUCGAACCUGAUGGACUCAAGGCGUCUACUGGGCAGUCUUGGGUGUUUCAGCGAGAGGCUGAUGGCCAGCUUAGACCAGUCAUCAAGCUUUUGGUCAACCUCAGGGCCAUUGGCGAAGCGCAUCAGGACGAGAACCGGCCUUUUGUUCAGGACAAGGUGAACCGACUGGAGUGGAACCUGGACACGGACUUCAUGGAAGAAACAUCAUUCUCUCACUUUCUCUCUACUACGCUUGGAUUGGAUGAGAACAUGACAUAUAACUACGAAGGCAGCAAAGUAUCUGCUAUCGAAGCCGAAGAGAGCUUCCGUGCAGCCGACCAGGCCGCUUCCAUCUGGAUUCGAGAUGCACUGAGCUACGUUGAGGCCAACAAGAUUGAGAUCUCAAGCCCUCAUCUUGUAAAGUACUUCAAAUGGAUGAACAAGUGGGUCAACUCAGACUAUUACAACGACAUCAUGUCAGGGUUGCGCUUCGAGGACGAGGUCAGCAUACUGGAGCGAAUUGAUGCUCUCACCAACGCACCCGAGCUACAACUUCUGGCACGUGUCGGCAGAGCCCUUCCCGCAAUCCUAAGCGGUACCAUUGAGCCAUUGAGCGUCAUGCUGGAGGGCAACCUCCUCAUACGUGCUUAUGAGGGCGGAACCUUCAGUGGUGACUACGAAGCUGCAGUUGCAUACCUCCAACUUCUCACAUUCAAGAAUCCCCGUCUCAGCUUUUUAGAAAUUGGUGCCGGAACUGGAGGCUGCACGAAGAGGCUCCUUGGUGGAAUCGCCGAUAAGAACAGUGCCGGUGGCCUACCCAUUGAACAGUACACCUAUACCGACAUAUCGAGUGGCUUUUUUGAGGAGGCUCGCAGCACAUUCGUGGACUGGGAGGCUUACAUGGACUUUAAGACACUUGAUGUGGAGGGAGAUCCUCUCAAGCAGGGCUUCCAGCCCGAGACGUACGAUGUUGUUGUGGCAUCAAAUGUUUUGCAUGCAACGAAGCAGAUGGACGUCACAAUGGAACACGUUCGAAAGCUUCUGAGGCCCGGUGGAAGCUUGAUCCUUGUUGAGAACUCACCCAAAGGCGCAGUCAUUGGUCUUAUCUUCGGCACGCUAUCUGGAUGGUGGGCUCACGAGGACGAGUUCCGAGAUGACACCGCGCUAAUGUACCGAGAGCAAUGGGAUACAAUUCUGUCAAGGAACGGCUUUGGUGGAAUCCACGUUGCGCGCAACAGUAUGAUGGUUUCCAAAGCUGUGCCCUUGUCGACCAAUGGACAUGUGGCACGAAACGAACAGCUUGUGCUCAUCAAUGAUAUGUCUGGCGAUGUAAUUGAUGCGAUUUCCAAGAACAUCAAGUCUACCUUGGCCAAUACUCAGGUCAGUGAGGGUAGGUGGGAUCAACUUGAAGUCAAUGAGGAGACUGCCUAUCUGGUCAUUGAUCGCGCCGAGACACCUCUGCUUCUCGACCCGCAACCUCAAUUAUUCACGACACUCAACGCGCUCCUUGCCGCAAAGGCCAAAAUUCUCUGGGUCGUUACCCAAGAUAGCCCCGACCCCGUCUCCGCGGCAUACAAGGGUGUGGUAAAUGCUGUUGCAAGAGUUCUCCGUCGUGAAAGUGGCAACACUGGGUUUGUUACCCUUGACAUACGUGACCCUGCUCUUGAUGCAGAAGUGACUGGACGAGUAGUGGCCGAGAUAUUACAAAAAUGCUUCUGGCCAGACGCGCAAGAUCAAAAGUCUCUGGAGCCUGAGUUCGCGUACGAGGAUGGGCGAGUGUCAAUUCCCAGGGUAUUGCCAGACAACACGUUCUUGAAGUGGGCUCGUAGCAGCUGGGAAGCCUCCACUAUGGUCGAGACAGAGACUACUCCUCAUCAGGGUGAUCGGGCUCUGAAGCUCGAAUUUGCUACUCCUGGGUUGCUGAGCUCACUUCAAUUCGUGGACAGUGACUUGUCUUCCGAUCUAAGAGUUGAUCAGAUCGAAGUCAAGUCGGAUGCCUUUGGGGCCAACUACAAGGAUCUGUGUGUGGCCUUGGGACAAACGGGCUCCGACACACAAAUGGUUGGUGAGUUUGCUGGUGCUGUAACAGCUGUUGGCAGCGAUAUGAGGGACAUGUACGAGGUUGGAGACAGGGUUAUGGGCUUUGGUGCCCAGCCGUACAGCAAUCUAUCGCGCGUCAACGGAUACCUUGCCCAGAAGACGCCCAGCUCGAUGAGCAACAGUACUGCAGCAUCGAUCGUUUAUGCACACGUGACGGCGUACCAAUGCAUCAAGAACUUGGCCCGACUCGACCAGGACCAAUCUAUUCUCAUUCACUCGGCAUCAGGGGCUGUUGGUCAAGCUGCAAUCCAAGUUGCCCAGUCUAUUGGAGCCGAGAUCUUUUGUACUGUUGGGAAUCGCGAGAAGCGGCAGUUCCUGGUUGACACUUACGGGAUCUCGGAAGACCACAUCUUCUCCAGUCAAUCCGGGUCGUUGAAACAGAGCAUCAUGCAUAUCACCAAUGGUGAGGGUGUGGACGUUGUGCUCAACACGUCGACCGGGGAGAUGCUAAGAGACAGCUUGGAUUGCGUCAAAAGUCUGGGCGUGUUUAUUGAACUUGGGAAGAGUGAGAUCCAGAAGGCUUCUCAAUUGAGCAUGGGCGCGUUCCAAAAGUCAAUCACAUUCAACACCUUUGAUUUGAUGACUUUGGCUAUGCGAAAGCCCAAACAGAUACACCAAAUGCUUGGUGAAAUCGUUGAGCUUAUUGGAUCAGACACACUUCGUCCAGCACAACCUAUCAACACCUAUCCUAUUGAGCAACUGGAGGAUGCCUUUCGCCUGAUCAGUGCGAGGAAACACAUUGGCAAAGUUGUUCUCAUAGCGCAGCCUUCAUCAAUAGUCAAAUGUCUACCAGCAAAGCCGAAACCACUUCGACUCCGGAGAGACGGAACCUACAUCGUGGCGGGAGGUCUUGGUGAUCUACCUUCAAGAAUCUGUCACUUCUUCGCUGCUCGUGGAGCUGGACAUAUUAUUUCUCUUUCUAGGCGCACCAUCGACGAAGAGACGAGACGUAAACAUACGGCAGCAGUGGAAGCACAUGGCGCCAAGCUUCACCUACUGAGAUGCGAUAUCACCAAUGAGGAUCAGAUGAAAGAAGCUUUCUCGUUUUGCAGUUCGCUACCGCCUAUCAGAGGUGUAGUACAGGGAGCCUUGGCACUGAGGGAUCGAACCUUUUCUCAAAUGACUGUCGACGAAUGGAAGUUACCACUACAACCAAAGAUCUUUGGAACUAUCAAUCUUGACAAGUACUUCGCCAGCCCUGAUUUGGAUUUCUUCGUGGCACUCUCGUCAAUUGUAUCUGUCAUUGGCAAAUCUGGUCAAUCCAAUUAUGCAGCCGGCAAUGGCUUCCAAGAUGCUUUUGCACGCGCCCAUGCCAACCACCCUCAUACUCAGUAUGUGUCUCUUAACAUCGGCGCUGUCUCGAUUGAUGCCCACGGUGCUUUGGAAGCUUCUGAAAACGAGACGGCAAUUAGUACUAUUAGGGCAAGUCUCCGUCAAAACAGUGUCAUGGAUAUCUCUUUUGAUGAGUUCUUCUCCAACUUCGAAUACAUUGCGACCGAUGCUGCUCGUAAGGAUGGGUUGCACCAAUCAAUCCAAGCAGUAACACGCCAAUCAAUGGUUGAAGCCAAUGAUGAGUAUCUACUCGACAAUCCCGUGUUCAGCCAGCUACCACUCGCACUGGAGAAGAAGGACAGUGGCACUACCAAAACCAACAAGAUUGACUUUGCGGAGGCAUUGGCCAGUGUCAAGACUAUGUCAGAGGCGGAACAGCUGAUCCAAGAUGCUUCACUCGCCAAGUUUGCAGUCUUCCUAGACCGGCCUGUGGAGGAGAUUCGGGUGGGCCAGUCUUUGGCUACUCUCGGGCUGGAUUCCCUUGUCAGCAUCGAGCUGAAGAACUGGAUGGUUCGCACAUUCCAGGUCAAUUUACAAACAUCGGAGUUGAGCGGUGCCGGUAGCAUCACCGCUCUCACUUCCACAGUCGCGUCGCGAUCCAAGCUCAUUCCUGAUGAGAUACGUCAAUCACAGCCGAAAGAGGCUGUUCCUGUCAUGGAAGAGACAUCUCUUUCGCAACGCGAUAAGGUGAAGACCAACCAUGAUUUUUAUUGUUGCCGAACAUGCAACGACUUGCCCAGAUAUCCGCUCGUCGAUCUAGAUGAAGCUGUCAAGGACCUUCUAAACAGCGUCGGCCACUUUGCUCAUACUCGAGAUGAAUACGAUGAGCUUAGUCGCAAAGCUCAUGGUCUAGCGUCACCAGGUAGUCUUGGUCGCAGACUCUACAACAAGCUACGCGUCAAGGCUGAUGAUCCCAAGGUGGAGAGCUGGAUUGCCGACCUACUUCUCAAAGCCCUGCAUCUCAAACGUCGCUACCCGCUAGCACCUUUUGGGAACUUCAUGGGCACGCACUUUGACAGCCCGAUACCUCACACUCAGGCAGAACGUGCAGCUGCUCUCACUACAGCAUUAUGUGAGUUCAAGGCCGACCGUGAUGCAGGCAUACUGAAGCCCGAUUUCCUUGGCACAAGAGCCAACUGUGGACAUUCAUUAUCCUGGUUGUUCAACGCCGUGAGAGAGCCAAAUGUCGACUGCGACAAGAUGAUGAAGUACCCGGACAACGAGUACGUUGCAGUGUUGCGAAAAGGACAUCUUUUCAAGGUCCCUCUCAAUUUAGAUGGAGCAAGUGCUUCAUACAGCAUGCUCAAGGCAACGUAUCAAGCCAUCAUUGACUUGAACUUGAAUGACAACUCUUGGGCUGGAAUUUUGACGACUGAUAACCGUGAUUCAUGGGGAUUGAAUCGACAAAGGCUGCUCGCGUUGGAUAGCAGGAAUGCAGCUUAUUUCAAGACUAUUGAGGCUUCUGUAUUCGUCAUGUGUCUUGACGACAAUAGCCCUGUCACACGAGCAGACCGGGUUCGCUAUGGUUACAUAGGUGACUCGUUCAACCGAUGGCACGACAAAUGUACUCAAAUUAUCGUGACUGCGAAUGGACGCUCUGCGACCAUCUUUGAACACUCCAUGAUCGAUCUCAUGACGGUUUCUCAGCUGUCACAGAGACUGCAGAAUGCCAUCAACACACUUGGUCCUGAGACGCGCGCAGCAAGUAACGGUAGCACUACUGUUGAUCCGUCUACUCUAAAGGAAAUCUCGUUGGUGACGACAGAAGAUAUUGAUAUUCACAUUGGGACGCUUCGUCAAGACUACCUCGCCAUCACAUCCACAAAACAAUACGUCCCGCAUUUCAUCAACGGUUUUGGCAAAGCAGUCUUGCUCGACAACUCUGCACCCAUCAAGGCGACUGUUGACUUGACAAUCCAAUUGGCCAGUCGGCUGUACUUUGGCUACUUGCCAGCGAGUUGGGAGACGGUAUCAACAGCGCACUUCCAUCUCGGCCGUCCCGAGAUCGUUCAGGUGGUUCUCAAGUCCGUCAUGGAGUUUUGCGAUGCAGCUCUUGACGAUUCAGUACCGCGUGCCGAGGUUCGUACCAAACUCCUGCAGGCCGCCCGCGAGUGCAAUGCCCAAAUCGCCAAAGGAACCGAGGGUCGCAACUACUUCAGGCUGAUGGAUGUGAUUGAGGUCAUGUCGCAAGAUCAAAAGGAUGAAGAGAUCCCAGAGCUAUUCUCCGAUCCUGUCUGGAAGAGGGGAUACCCACAACUGAUUAUGCAAACCAUGGUGGAAACCAAGUUGUCAGAAGACCCGGGCUUUACCAUGCCGCAUCCAGAGUCUGUGUGGAUGAACUAUACUGUUUUUGAUGAUUCGAUUGAGGUGUGUUUUGUUAGUCCUAUGGACAGUGCAGAUCGAUUUGGGGCGGCUCUAGAUCGAGCAGCAGAGAUUGUAAAGACUAUCAUUUCUGCACGAGAUGUCUAG